UUCGUCUUCGCCACAGAACCGUGGGAGGAAAGAUGGCUGAGGCAGAGCCCGACAGAAGAGCCCUAAUGUCCGAUCUAUGCUCGGAAUUCUUGAAUUUCUCAGCUAAAGACACCGCGUCGCGGUGGUUGGCAGAAGGAAAUCUACAGGUGGAAAUCUAUCGCCACUUGGCAGAAAAUGUACCCAGAAUCCUUUGCUUGGGCCCCAGUGGCUGCAGUAGUCGUGAGGAGCAGAGAGAGGAGCAGAGGGAAGAACUGGCAUGUCAGCUGCUUCUCUUGGCUCCCUUGGAGUGGCUGCUUCUGGGUGAGGAUCCAGCUGUAGGCCUUCCUCAACUGCAGGAAAACAAUCAGCCAUCACCACUGUGCGGGCACGUCUUCAAGGUUGGAGAGCCCACCUAUUCCUGCAGGGACUGUGCAGCCGACCCCACCUGUGUUUUGUGCAUGCAGUGUUUCUUGGGCAGCGUUCAUAAAGAUCACCGAUACAGAAUGACCACGUCCGGCGGCGGGGGCUUCUGUGACUGCGGGGACACUGAAGCCUGGAAGAAGGGUCCUUACUGCCAGAAACACACACCGACCACCAACAAAGACUCAGAGGAGGACCCUUCAGCUCAACUUCCGGCGAACAUGGUCGUCCGCAGUUACAACAUUUUUUCCGUCAUCCUCAAAUAUGCUGUGGACAUGCUUACUUGGACACAAGAAGAUCAACUUCCCGCAGGACUCGAACCACCUGAAAGAGGAGACAACUACUACUGCAUGCUAUUCAAUGACGAAGUCCACACCUACGAACAAGUGAUCUACACCCUGCAGAAGGCUGUCAACUGCAGCCAGAAAGAAGCCGUCAGCUUUGCCACCACUGUGGACAGAGAUGGCAGGAAGUCCGUUCGAUAUGGGGACUUUCAGUUUUGUGAACAAGCCAAGACUGUUAUAGUGAGGAACACCAGCCGCCAGUCGAAGCCUCUCAGAGUUGAGGUGAUGCACUCAUCUGUCGUUGCCCAUCAGUGUUUUGCUCUGAAAGCUCUGAGCUGGUUGGGACAAAUUAUUCAAUACUCGGAUGGCUUGAGGAGGAUAUUGUGUCAGGUGGGACUUGAGGACGGUCCAGAAGGAGAAAACUCGUCACUCGUUGACCGCUUAAUGCUCAACGACUCCAAGAUGUGGAAAGGAGCAAGGAACAUCUACCACCAGCUGUUGAUGAACAGCCUCCUCAUGGAUUUAAAGUACAAGAAGGUCUUUGCUAUCCAGUUUGCCAAGAACUACAGACGCCUCCAGACAGAUUUCAUGGAAGAUGACCACGAGAGGGUGGUGUCAGUGACCUCACUGUCUGUACAGCUCUUCACCGUGCCAACAAUGGCUCGGAUGUUGAUGGUGAAGGAGAACCUGAUGACGACCAUCAUCAGGACGUUUGUCGAUCAUCUCCGUCACAGAGAUCUGCAGGGACGCUUUCAAUUUGACCGCUACACCGCCCAGCAGGCCUUCAAGUUUGGACGAGUCCAGAGCCUCAUUGGAGACCUCAAGUAUGUCUUAAUCAGUCGACCCUCCGAAUGGAGCGACGAGCUCAGAGAGAAGUUUCUCGAAGGUUUGGACGCUUUUCUGGAGCUCCUUAAGUGUAUGCAGGGCAUGGACCCGGUGGUUCGGCAAGUUGGCCAACACAUCGAGAUGGAACCUGAGUGGGAGGCGGCAUUCACCCUACAGAUGAAAUUAACGCACAUCAUAUCCAUGAUCCAGGAGUGGUGCUCCACCGAUGAGCGUGUGCUGAUCGAAGCCUACAGGAAGUGUUUGAGUGCAGUCAGCCAGUGCCACAGUGGCCUUCCAGAUGGUGAACAGCCAAUAAGCUUGAGUCUGGCUGCUCACUGCGUGGAGACAUUUAUGUACCAGGUGUCUCAAGACAAAGUCUCCAUCCACCUGCCUGUCUGCAGACUACUUGCAGGUCUCCAUGUUCUGCUCAGCAGAACGGAUGUUGCAGCUCGCCUACCUGAACAACUCCCAUUGGUUGGUAACAAUUUUUGUGGGGAACUCAGCCCUCCACUUCUGAUUGAACUCCCACUCCGAUGCCUGGUGCUCUGUGCUCAAGUACUCGCUGGGAUGUGGAGAAGGAACGGCUUCUCUCUAAUAAACCAGAUUUAUUAUUACCACAAUGUUAAGUGCAGAGUGGAGAUGUUCGACAAAGAUAUUAUAAUGCUUCAGGUCGGUGCCUCAAUGAUGGAUCCAAACCACUUCCUGAUGAUCGUUCUUAGCCGUUUUGAACUUUUCCACAUUUUUAGGUUCGCAGACUGCCGAAAGAGAUACAAACCGACCAAUAAGGAUUUGGUCCAGCAGAACAAUACCUUGAUCGAAGAGAUGCUACACUUAAUCAUCACCGUGAUUGGUGAACGUUACGUGGCAGGCGUGGGCCAGGUGGAGCCAUUUGACGAGGUUCGAAGAGAGAUCAUCCACCAGUUGUCAAUCAAACCUAUGGCUCAUAGUGAGCUGGUGAAGGCUCUUCCAGAGAAUGGAAACAAGGAGACUGGUCUAGAGCGCGUCAUUGACAGCGUCGCUUCGUUCAAGAAGCCAGGUGUGACAGGGCGCGGUCUUUAUGAACUGCGGCCCGAGUGGAACAAGCACUUCAACCUUUACUUCUACCACUACAGCAGAGCCGACCAGUCCAAGGCAGAAGAGGCUCAGAGGAAGCAGAGGAGACAGAGUGGAGAGGACCCAGCCCUUGUCCCACCAGUCCCUCCAUCGCUUUGCCCCCUCUUCGCUAGCCUGGUGAACCUUCUGCAGUGUGACGUGCUGGUGGCUGUGGAGGGGGCUGUGCUGCAGUGGGCGAUGGAGGCACGAGGAGGAGGCUGGACAGAGUCCAUGCUGCAGAGGGUGCUCCAUUUGGUAGGCAUGGCUCUGCUGGAAGAACAGCAACAGCUGGAAAAUAGCAACGGCGAGGAUGACGUCACCUUCUUAUAUACCGCCAAAAUCACACGUCCAGGCGAUGCUCCUAGUAAUUCAGGAAGUGUUCUUGCUUUAUUGGAGAGUCUACAGAAUGCUCCUCAUCUAGAGGUCCAUAAAGACAUGAUCACCUGGAUUCUAAAGAUGGUGGCGAACAUCAAAACCAUUAGAGAGCGUUCCUCCUCAGCCUCCACUGUUACCAUCAGCCAAGGACAUGGACCGGAAGAGACGAUACGGGACAAAGACAAGGCAGAGCGGAAGAGGAAAGCUGAGAUGGCUCGGCUACGGAGGGAAAAAAUCAUGGCUCAGAUGUCGGAGAUGCAGAAACACUUCAUCAAUGAGAACAAAGAACUUUUCCAGCAAAGUCUAGAAGAGCUCGAGGCGUCCACGUCUGCCGGUGCAGACCACAGUCCCUCCACUUUGGAGCCAUUCUGCGUCUCUCAGGUCUGCGUUGGCCCCACUAGGGUGGCAAGAGGAGCCGAGCGGCGUCAGCUUGUCACCUGCAUCUUGUGUCAGGAGGAGCAGGAGGUCAAAUGUCACGGCCGAGCCAUGGUGCUGGCCGCUUUUGUCCAGCGCUCCACCGUUUUGGCCAAGAAACGCUACUGCGCUUUGCCCAAUGCAGAACAACAUGACCCUUUGUUCAGUCAUCCUGACCUUUCAAUGGGUAUUCACACUACCAGCUGUGGACACAUCAUGCAUGCCACCUGCUGGCAGAGGUACUUCGAAGCGGUGCAGUUGAAAGAGCAGAGACGGCAGCAGCGUCUGCGAGGGCACACCAGCUAUGACGUGGAGAACGGAGAGUUCCUUUGUCCUCUGUGCGAGUGCCUUAGCAACACCGUCAUCCCUCUGCUGCCACAUACACAAACACCUGACCGAAGUGUCAAUCACCCCAAUCUGACCGUUUGGCUAAAGACCACCAAAGAGGAGAUUGCCGCUCUUCACCAUGCCCAUCAAAACCCUUCAAGAGACGCAGAAGAAGAAGUGGCACCUCCAGUACCCGAAGGAUUCAGAAUUGAUUUCACCCCACUAAACCCCUUCUCCAGCAGCAUCAUCGAGAUGAUAACCACGUUUAGUAUGUCAACCUACAAGGUGGGACUAAAAGCCAACCCGAACGAGCAGGACCACAGAGUCCCUGUGUUGAGUUGGUCCACUUGCGCCUACACCAUCCAAGCGAUUGAGCGUCUCCUGAUGGAUGAAGAGAAGCCUUUAUUUGGAAGUUUACCCUGCAGACAGGACGACUGCUUAAGCUCCAUCACCAGGUUCAGUUGGGCUUGCUGGACAUCGGCGUCAUUGCAUGCAGUCCACAAACACUUCAUCAGACUGUUUGCAGCUCUCAUUCCAGACCCUCAGGUUGAAAACACUCCAUGCAUCCUGGAUAUUGACAUGUUCCACCUUUUGGUUUACAGCGUUUUGUCCUACACGUCCGUUCACAGUCUGGACCAGUCGGGACGACAUGCCAUGGACUCUGCUCAUGUCCACCUCCUUCACCUAAUCACUGUCGCUCACCUGGUUCAGGUUCUGCUCACUUCCAACACGGAGGAGUUGUGUAUGGAGCAGGACGGCACGGGGUCAGAGGAGGAGGAGCUCACCUGUCAGCUAUAUAACACACUCAAGAAACACCUGGGCAGUCUUUUACCCGACGUAGCUCCCUGGCAGCUGUGGCGUUGUGUGAAAGCUGGCGUCUCACCGUUCCUGCGAUGCGCCGCUCUCUUCUUUCACCACCUCAACUCUACGGCGCCACCGACUGACCUUCUGGGUACAGGACUUGGCCAAUGGGAGGCGCUGUGUAGCUACCUCAGUCUGCCCUCCAACCUGCUGCAGCUCUACCAGAGCCAACAAACUCUGCUCGAGCCACUUAUACACAGUUGGUGUUGCCAGGCAUCGGUCAGACAGACGUUGCAAGGGGGCGGCGUUAUCAGCUUCCCGCGAGAGUCGAAUCGACUGAUCGACCUGCCCGAAGAUUACAGCGUCCUGAUUAACCAGGCGUCGAGCUUUACGUGCCCUCGGUCAGGGGGAGACAAGUCACGCGCUCCCACUCUGUGUCUGGUGUGCGGCGCCAUGCUGUGCUCGCAGAGUUAUUGCUGUCAAACCGAAGUGGACGGUGAGGAUGUCGGCGCCUGCACUGCUCACACCUUCACCUGUGGGGCAGGCCUCGGGCUCUUCCUCAGGGUUCGAGAGAGUCAGGUCUUGUUUGUGGCAGGUAAAACAAAGGGAUGCUUCUAUCCGCCGCCGUACCUGGACGACUACGGCGAGACAGAUCAGGGCCUCAAGCGGGGAAACCCACUCCAUCUCUGCAUCGAGCGUUACAGGAAGAUUGAGCGUCUGUGGCGUCAGCACGGCAUUGCCGAGGUCAUAGGUCACGCUCAAGAGGCCAAUCAGACGCUGGUGGCCAUCGACUGGCAACACCUGUGAUGUUGAGUCGAAACCAGGUGAUUGGAUAGCAGAAUUUUUUUUUUUUUUUUUUUUUUUAUAAUAAUAUCCACCCGCUUUGUGGCCAGUCAGCUUUCUGCUGCUCAGCAUUCACUUAAAAUCAGGUUUAAGGGAUUUUCUUUUGUCCCCACCUAUCAACGAGGCAAAAAAGUGUCAGCAAAAAAAAAAAAUAUCUCACACAUCGACCUGUGAUGGUUUUUGGUCUGUAUUUGAUUGGCUCUCAGAUUGAUCAAUGUUGAUGACGUCUGACUUUAAAAGCCUUUCAAUCUCAGACUGAAAAUGUGAACAAACUAGUAGCAGCACAUUCAUGUUUUGUUUUUUUCAGACUGAGUUGAGAGAAGCGCUAUGAGACACUUUUACAACAUAUCAAGUCACAUAUCAGAUUUUUUUUAUCAUCUGAUGCUCAUGAUGCACUUUUUAUGAGGUUUUUUUUUUGGUGUGCUUGCUUGCUUGCUGAGAGAAUUGUGUGGUGUGACCUCUUAACAGUGCUGAAUGCUUCAUUUUUUUUUUUUUUCAAGGCUUUGAUUUUUGAGAUUUUCCAUUAGAGUUUUUUUUUUUAAAGAGAAAAACAGAGUUUGAUUUAUUUUUCUCUCAUUUAUUGUCACAUAGCAAAUUUGAGAUGGAAUGUGACAAUAUUUAUUUUUGGGGGCUAAUUUCUUUGCAUCUGCACACAGCAUGCUGUCUGCCUCGUCGGCGAGGCUUCAUUAUUGAAAUAUGACUUGUCAAUAUGUGAAUUCUUGUAUAAAUUAGUAUAUUAUGUACAAAAUUGUAUAAGAAUAGCUAACAAUAAAAAAACUUGAAAGCAGACAA